AUGCAGGAAGAUUUGUUCUCCGAGUUCAAGCUUGCCUGUUACUUCAAUAUGUUUUAUGGAGAAAUGUGUACAUCAGUAAGUAACAAGAGGACGGUUCUAACGACACAGCCAAAUGGACUUACAACGCUCGGCAAAUCUGGAUUGCCAGUGGUUCAGGACAGACAGUCAGAGAGUGCUCACAGGCGACAAGGGAGCUCCAGCUCUUUAAAAUCUACAGAUGGAACAGGGAAGGUGAAAGCCUCCGUUAUGACACCAGAGCAGGCAAUGAAGCAAUACAUGCAAAAAUUAACAGCUUUUGAGCAUCAUGAAAUUUUUAGCUACCCUGAAAUAUACUUUUUGGGUCCAAAUGCAAAGAAGCGGCAAGGCGUGAUUGGUGGUUCAAACAAUUGUGGGUAUGAUGAUGACCAAGGGUCUUACAUACAAGUACCCCACGAUCAUAUUGCGUAUAGGUAUGAAGUCCUGAAAGUUAUAGGGAAAGGAAGUUUUGGGCAGGUGGUGAAGGCUUAUGAUCACAAGAUGCAUCAGCACGUGGCACUAAAAAUGGUGAGAAAUGAAAAACGUUUCCACCGCCAAGCUGCGGAAGAAAUUAAGAUCCUGGAGCAUCUCCGGAAACAAGAUAAGGAUAACAACAUGAAUGUUAUUCACAUGUUGGAAAACUUCACAUUCCGCAGCCAUAUCUGCAUGACAUUUGAAUUGCUGAGCAUGAACCUGUAUGAAUUAAUAAAGAAAAACAAGUUUCAGGGCUUUAGCCUGCCUUUGGUCCGCAAGUUUGCCCACUCAAUCUUACAGUGCUUGGAUGCUUUGCACAAAAACAGAAUCAUUCACUGUGACCUUAAACCUGAGAACAUUCUGUUGAAGCAACAGGGUAGAAGUGGUAUUAAAGUGAUUGAUUUUGGCUCAAGUUGUUAUGAGCAUCAGCGUGUCUACACUUACAUUCAGUCACGUUUUUACCGUGCACCUGAAGUCAUCCUUGGUGCUCGUUACGGGAUGCCCAUAGAUAUGUGGAGCUUGGGCUGUAUUCUAGCAGAGCUUCUCACCGGCUAUCCGCUUUUACCUGGAGAAGAUGAAGGAGACCAGCUGGCUUGUAUGAUUGAGCUAUUGGGCAUGCCUUCUCCAAAACUCUUAGAUUCAUCCAAGCGAGCCAAAAACUUUGUGAGCUCUAAGGGUUAUCCCCGCUAUUGCAGCAUCACAACCUUGUCUGAUGGCUCUGUCAUACUUAAUGGUGGACGCUCUCGGAGGGGAAAACUACGUGGCCCACCAGAGAGCAGAGAAUGGGGUAACGCAUUAAAGGGAUGUGAUGAUCCCCUGUUCCUUGACUUCUUAAAACAGUGUUUAGAAUGGGAUCCUGCUAUCCGUAUGACACCCAGCCAGGCUUUGCGGCAUCCCUGGCUAAGGAGACGGUUGCCAAAGCCUCCGACUGGGGAAAAGGCCUCAGCGAAGAGAAUUACAGAGAGCACUGGUGCUAUAACGUCGAUUUCCAAGUUACCUCCAACUUCAAGCUCGGCUUCAAAACUGAGGACUAAUUUGGCACAGAUGACAGAUGCCAAUGGAAAUAUUCAGCAAAGAACAGUGUUGCCAAAACUCGUUAGCUGAGUUUGAAAAACCCAAUGCUGUUAAUACGAGAGAUACAAUGUGGCUGAGCCUUAUUUGUAUGAAAAAGUAGCUCAGAUAUACAUUUUUAUUUGCUCAAUAACUUUAUUCAUUUGUAUCUUUCAGCACUCAUUUUAAAUGUAAGAAACGUUGAUUUUGUUUUUAUAAAAACACGGGGACAAUGCUUUAAGUUUUUAUACUUAUUUUUUAAAAUGUUUGUCUUCUACAGUACAAUUAGCCUUACUGUAACUAGUGUGACACAGUAAUAAACAUCAGUGGCAGGCCACUGGUUACAACAUGACUGUCAUGCAUUGCAGCGUGGUGUCAAAGGUAUUAACCUUUCUCUUCCAUGGUUCAUAUUAGGUCUCACCUGGGGUAAAUUUGUAAGACGCUACCUUUUGGAUUUUAUGGGUAUGGGUCUCGAUUCUGCAAACGCUCACACCUAUGCCUGACUGGACUCCAGGGAGAAUACUCAAAGAAAUUACAGUUAUGCACCUGUAAACUUGUAAUUUGAAGCGGAGCCAUAGCAUGUUACGUUGUCAUUUUCUGUGAUAGCCCAGAGAAAGUGGUGGUAUCACUAAUGAUACGGUCACCUCCUAUGGAAUGCUUUCUCUAUCCAAAAGUAGUGUUUUUUGAUUAAAAUGAUCAUUUAAAUAUAAUGCAAAAAAUAAGAACUUCCAGGGCUAGAAUGACUCUUACACCUUGUAUGCCAUGUGGUAGAGUGAGAGGAACGGGCAGUGUCAGAAAGAAGGAAGAUGGAAGUAUGUCCGUUCCUCUAAAUCUGAAAGUGAUGGACAAGUUGAUAACACAAAACGAUCUGGACUUCAUUUCAGGUAUAUAACAUGGAGCAUUCACACUGGGCUUCUCUUCUUUUUUUUUCCACCCCUCCUGUUUUCUUUUCUCUCCUGAUGUGCAGCUUGAUCUCCUUAAAUCACACAGGCAGACGUGCUCGUUCUGUCAGUUUUAUACUGUAACUUCCAGACUGUUAGGCUACACGGAUUUCACAGAUUGCUUUUAUUUCUUCAAUGUUUGUCUGAGCGACUGUGACCUCUCUGGUACAUUUACACUUCAGGUCAAAUCUGCAUGUAGGGGCAAACACUAUGUUACUACAUUGCUUUCUGUAGAAGAGUACUUUACCUUAGACAGCAUAACUGUAGAUGGAAAGAUCCUCAGUGGAAAGCUUUUCAGUUGGCAGACACCAUCCUAGAUACUUUCUAAUACGGGAGAAAUAUCAAAGGAAAAUUAAAUGGCUGGAAUUUGUUUUAGUCUUUGGCAUUUGUAGCUGAAAAUUAACUUUGAAGGAACAGUUAAAAGAUAUGUGUAGAUUUGUUCAUGUGCGUGCGUGUGCUAAUGCUUGGUUUUUCUUUUUUGAUUUUAAUUGCAUUCAUGGAAGAAAGAUAGUCUUUACUGAGGA